UUUUAAAUUAUACAUCACACAAAAGAGUAUAAUUGAUAUCAUCUUAUUAGCUAGUUAGCCUAGCAAACAUUCAGUGGUAAAGCAGCAGAGAGAGAGAGAGAGAGAGAGAGAGAGAGAGCAAAGAAUCAAGGCCAGGGAAGAAGAAAGCCAUGGCUCAAACUAUGUUGCUAAUGUCAAGUAGUAGUGUGUCUUCUAGUGUGGAUUUGAAGAAGAGAUCUGACCCUUUGCUUCAAUUCCAAAUCCAAAGACUCAGACCCACUAAGCCACUCUCUCAUCUCUUCUUCAAGUCCCUCCCUUCUUCUUCUUCUUCAUCUCCUCCUGUUUCCACUGUGGUUGCUCUCUUCAAAUCCAAAACCAAAGCCCCUCCCAAGAAGGCUGUAAAAGCGCCGAAGCCAAAGGUUGAAGAUGGUGUAUUUGGGACAUCAGGAGGCAUUGGCUUUACAAAGCAGAAUGAGCUCUUUGUGGGUCGAGUUGCCAUGCUUGGUUUCGCCGCAUCCAUACUGGGAGAAGCAAUAACAGGGAAAGGAAUUCUGGCCCAAUUGAAUUUGGAGACAGGAAUUCCAAUCUACGAAGCAGAACCACUUCUUCUUUUCUUCAUACUUUUCACACUUCUUGGAGCCAUUGGAGCUCUCGGAGACCGUGGUCAGUUCGUGGACGACCCACCAACAGGAAUUGAAGGAGCUGUGAUCCCUCCAGGGAAAAGUUUCAGAUCGGCAUUGGGUCUCAAAGAAGGAGGUCCUCUGUUUGGAUUCACAAAGGCCAACGAGCUCUUCGUUGGUAGAUUGGCUCAGUUGGGAUUUGCAUUCUCUUUGAUUGGAGAGAUUAUCACUGGGAAAGGAGCUCUUGCUCAGUUGAACAUUGAGACCGGUGUCCCCAUUAACGAAAUCGAACCCCUUGUGCUGUUCAAUGUCAUCUUCUUCUUCUUUGCUGCUUUGAAUCCCGGGACUGGUAAAUUUGUCACGGAUGUCGAUGAAGAAGACUAGAAUCAAUCAUCAUGUGCUUUUUCCAUUAACUUUGAUACAUGCUUUUGUUAUUAUUGAUGGUCCCUGCUCAUUAAUAUAGGAGCUUUUCUUGUUUUUUCACUAUAUAUCUUUGGUUUAUGUAUGAAAUGAAAUAGCACUCUCUUUGCCUCA